UAAUAAUGACAAUAAUAAUAUAAUAAUUUUAAAUUAGACAAUAAACAAAUUGAUUAUAUCAUAUGUUCUCACAUAAUAGAAUUGUUAAAUUUGACAUGUUCAUACCGUAAAAGUUCAUAACGUAUAAUAUCCCUUAAAUUAAUAGGAAUUGUAGGACAUAAGUAAUAAAAAAGAAAAAUUAUAUAAAAUGUGACCUAUCGUAGCAUAAAACGUAAACCACGUUACGAAUGAUGGAAAUAGCGUAUCUUCGGAAUGGGGGUUGUUGGGGUGGUUGUACAAACCCCACCAUCCAUCCCUUCCGAUACUCGUUUCCUUCCUAUAUAAACGAAGACCGUGACUGCGCGACGGUCACAGACAUUGGGAUCGCGUGUCCUAAACGUUAGAAACCUUACUUGUCCUUUCUCUACCAAAGUCGAUACGCGUCGGAAUUCGGCAGAAGGGUUGUUUCUUUCGUUUCAUCAAAGAUCAAAGAGAAUUUUUUAAUUUUUAUUUCGACGAUUAUACAUAUCUGAUAAUAAAUAAAAAUUAAAUAAAUGAAUACUAUGUAAAUUUGUGAUAUGAAAGUACACGUGUUCUUGGUCAAAAAGAUUGCGUUGAAUAAAGUGAAGAAAUCAAAGGAUCUAAAAAGUUGGGUCAAUUAAAAAAAAGAAAGGAAAGAAAAUAAUGCCUGCUAUAUGGUCAUCGUCAGAAAGACCAUUAUCGGUACGAACUAUUUGGGUGGAUGGUAUUCGUCAUGCUGUUCUAUCACCGGACGAUCCAUUGAUCAACACGAAGAUACGCCGACGACUGCAUACAUCGAAAGAUAAAGAUGAUCGGAUAUCUUCUAAAAUGAUUCGUAGACAAUCGGCACCUACAUGUGAUAGAUUAUUAUCAAAUGAUUCUGGAAGAUUGUUAAAAUCAUUUCCAAUUACGAAGGAUAUCAAAGGAGAAUUGUUCGAAAAUCAAUGUGUCGAAAAUUUUACGAUAGAAAUUAAAAGUAUCGACGAAUUGUGGAAUUCGUCGAACGAUUCGUCGAGAUCGAACGUUGAUAAAUUCGAAUUACCAGAGAUACGUUCGAAUCUUUUGUCGGAGAGAGUACUUCAAUGGUUGGAUUUAUCAGGGAAAGUUCAGAAUUACGUGAAAGACGUAGAGGAAGUGAAUGAACGUUUAAAUAUAAUGGAAAAUCGAGAUUCGAGGAAGUUUACUUCGAGCAAGAAUGAAAUUUCUAUGAUGAAGAGAAAGAUGGCAAUAAAAAAUUAUAAAUUAGAAAGAGAACGAAAACCGGAAUGUUUCGAAAGAAGCGAACGAAGGAUGACCAGAAGAAAAUUAUUUGAAAUUGAUGAACGCGCUAAGAGGAAGGAUUUAAUAGAAAUCGAAGAAAAAAAAUCUACGAUAGAGGAGGAGGAGAAGAAGGAGAAGGAAGAAGAAGAAGAUCCAUCGAAGAUGGCGAAAGUAAAAGAAAAAGAAGAAGAAAAAAAAAGAAGUUUCACUAAUUCUUUGUCCCCCGUUGGCCGACCACAGCUGCAUAUCUUCAUGCCUAAACUUAAUUGCAACGAGAAAAGAAAUGCAUCUUCUCAGGAAUCACUCAUUUGCGAUUAAUAUUCGAAUAAAAUUAUCCAUUUAAGGAGAAAUAUAAAUUUGUUCUUAUCCGUCUUCUUGCACGUGAUAUAUUAACAUAUAAGAAAGAGAGAAAAAAUUAAUUUUGCUUCCAAACUUUAUGAUAAUAACAAUUUUGUCAUUUCAAAUAUUUUCUAAAUAUUCUAAUCAUAGUGAUAUAUAUACACACACA